AGACUGAUCAUUGAAUUAGUUAUUUAAAGUUCUUUAACCACGACAUAGGAGAGAUAUUGUGUUAUUCAACAAAUGUACAUAAAUGUAAGAGUUUAAUCAGGCAGUAACAUAGGGCAGUAGCUGUAUCGCGGUUCAGGUUUGAUUUUGAAAGGCAAAAAAAAUGAUAUUUAGUUUAUAAUUAAUUAAAUUCAGAACGUACAGCGUUACCAAAUUUGCAGAUAAUCGUACACUGAUUGAUGUGCAGCUAUAAAGAUGGAACUCUGUGGUUUACACUCCUCCAGUAAUGGACACACACAUGUGCAGGACUGGCAUAAUGAAACAUCUGCAGGAUAUUUACCCCAAAAACGCAAAAGAUCUGAUUUUCCAAACAUGACUGGAGACAGAAGUGAGUGUGCAUCUGCUUUUCCUGCUGAAGAAACAGCCAAAAAUCACAGCCGUUUUGUGCAGAUCGAUGGUCAGAGAGGUGUGUAUUACUCCGAGAGCUGGGAGAUGAACGGAAGCACUCUGUACCUUCCUGUGCGCGGCACUGUGCUCGCCAACAUGCACAAAUACGAGCAGAUCAGCUUCGAGCAAGGCUGCUUCUGCAUCGGCGAUGAAACGGGAGGCUUCCGGCAAAGAGUGCAAGGUCAGGCUCUUCACUGCUGGAGAUACAGCAAAGAGGAGAAGAAGCUCUUCAUCGCUCUGUCCUACUUCUUCACACACUGUGAUGUAUUUCAGGAGGUGCUGAGCUCUCUCGGGUGUUUGUAAGGAGGACACACACUCACUCACACACACACACACACACAAACACAUUUAACAUGUCUUCUAAUUGACUACAUUUCAUUUUUGAAAUUUUCCUCUAAAUCUUGAAUAAAAUCACAUUUGUUGUU